AUGGAUCCUUUUCAGAUUGCUUGCAAAGUUUACUCACAUAUUGUCAAACGAGCGUCUGCGAUUGCAGCUGAUACUAGAACACGAGAGGGCAUUUAUAACAAAACAGAUUCGGCUUGGCUAGACGAUCUAGUAGAUAUUGGACGAAAAUUAAAUGAUUUACAAAGAAAAAGUAAAGCUAACGAUGAAAAGGACCAAACUGCUUUAAGGAAUAUAAACAGAGAUCUUAAAAUGGUUUCACGUAAUCUAGAUAAGUGUUGUAAAGAUUUAAGAAAGGACAUUUUCUUUCUCUGGACACAGACCGAAGAAUUUCCAGAAAAGAACCGAGGAAUCCCUUCAGUGUCCUUGAAAAACUCCAGCUCAGGGAAAAUUAGUACCAAAUUGACAUUAGAGGCCAAAUCUGAUGUUGCAAUCCGCCAUCAUCUUUGGUUAAGAAAAUUAAAGGGGAAGUACAUAGUUUUAUACCCUAGUGAAGAAGCAGAAGACAAGUUUGAAUUUCAGGAAAAUGAAAACAAACUAUUUUUGACGAUUAAGAACGUUGAUUUACAGGAUGAAGGAUCCUACUUUGUUGUGGUAGAAACUGAAAAUGGUGCUACUGUUUGUCGAGAAAUUGUUCAAUUAAUUGCAGAUGCCCAGAAAGCCACAUUGGACACUGAUGAUGAACAUGACGGCAAAAAAACAAUUACAGAAACAUAUAUUAAUCAGAUUCAUAUACACCAUGGAGAAAACUUUGUCAUAGGUGAUAGCAAUACUCUGAAUAUCAAAUAUGAUGCCAAGAAUAAGGAGGAAUAUUCUGAAGAUGAUUCGUCCUGUAGCAGCGACACACCUCUUGUUGAACCCACUAACCCUGUCACAAAUCUUGAAAGGGAGCUUAGUAAUUUAGAUGUGCUAGCAAGAAAGUCCAAGUACAAGCUGAAAGUUUUGGAUGUAAGGGGAGAUGGGCAUUGUCUCUACCAUGCUUUUAGACAGGGUGUUCACACAUAUCGGCUGCCAGAUCAUCCAACAGAACUCAGAAGACAGCUAGUCAAAUAUCUUGAAUUCAAUCCAAUCACUCCUAAUGGCAUCCCAUACAAGGACUUCCUGUGUUUUCCAUUAGAUCCAGAUCAUGGGAUUCUUGAACCAGAAGACAUUGCAAUAGAGACUGUGGAAAAAGAGGAAGAUCAGAAGGAACUAAGGUGGCAGAGAUUCCUGAAAAAGAUACAAGAUGGAGAGUGGGGAGGUAGUCUGGAGAUCAUGGGACUAGCCCAGAUGUGCAAUGUCCCUGUUACUGUGCUAUCUGUGGGAAUGAACAGUUUCAGACUCAAUGAAAUUCAGUUUAAUUACACCGAUGAAACAGCACUAAAACCAACAGUUUUUAUUGGUCAUUUGAAAUUAGGAGGAAAAGGAGUACAUUUUGUUUCCUUCAGAUCUCUUCAUAAAAACGCUAUCGAACAACCAACAAGUAUGCAGCAUGGUGAGCAACGCUGGAAAACUAUACAAGAUGGCAAGGUUAUUGUUGACCACCAACUGGACAAACGGAUAGGCUGCAUAGAAAUCACAGCUAAAAAUAGGAGCAACGCGACAGGGUUCAGAGUCGGAAGCAAAUAUGUCAUGACCGCAUUCCAUGUUAUGGAGGAUCUUCUUGUUCCAUUUUGGAAGCAAGUAUAUAACAGAUUGAAUAAUGAAGAAAGACGUCCAUUGAGGUGGACUGCAGAGAAUUUGCCAGUGGAUGGCAGUUGGAAUCUUUCUAACCUCAUAUCAUCGCUAGACCCCAGAAAACUACCAUUUGCAUCCCAACACCAUGACAUUGUGAUCUUAGAAUUGUCACAGGAGAACAAUUUACCACCCCCUCUUAUACUGAAGGAUACGAACAUUCCUGGAGUAAAAUUUCAUCUCGUUGGAAAUUCAGAAGGAAUUAAAUUACAACAUGUCCCCGGAUGUCAAAUCAUCGAGGAUCAGGCAGAAUUAACUGACAUAGUGAACAGGGGCAUUGACUUCUUUACAGGUCUUGGUUAUGAAAGGGAACAAGUGGAGUUGGACUAUGCCACUUGUGUUCUCUCCCCCGAUCACAUUUUAUUCCAUAGCCCUAUGAAUAUUGUUCAUGGUGCCUCAAGUUCUCCACUUAUCGUCAUCAAAGAAAAACCCCAAGUGAUAGGAAUGCUUUUGAGGGGAUAUCCAAAACUAUACUUUAACGACAGCAGGUGUAUAGGGGCUCAUCCUGAGCUGCUGAUUGAGUCUGGAAUUUCCAUGGAAAAAGUUCAUUCCCUCCUGAAGGAACAUUCUCUAAUUCAGUUAGCAGAGGAUUUAUUUUCUCAAAAUAAAUGAAAAGACUGGCAUUGUUUAGUAACAUGUGUAUGUAUGCUGAUUCUUUCUAUAAUUCAGUUUUCUUUUUGUUUAUAAACAAAAAAGAAAUGUCUGUAAAGUAUUU